AUGUCUGGCAAUAUUAAAGAAGCCUUCUUAAAAUUAGAUCAUUUUUACACUUCAUACAAGAAAGACAAUACUAAGUAUUUAUUUUUAAUGACUUAUGAACAUGGAAUAAAUACACCAGCUAUAUUACUUAGAGUUUAUGAUGGUCAAACCAUAUGGAUAUAAUAGAUUCUUGAAACAUAAAUAGAAGAAAUGAGAUCUAAAAGUGAAAUUAAAGGAACAAUCAAUUCAUUUAUAGAUAUGAUCUAAUAAGCUUUAGAAAAUAAUCAAUACUAAUUGAUAGUUAAUAAUUUAAAUCUAAACAUCAUAUUUGAAUUCUAAUUAACUCAUGGUGUUUUCAUCAAGAGUAACUUAAAUUUAGGUGCAGGUUUAAAUAUCGAAGAUAAAGAUACAAUUGAAGUAUCUAAAGAUUUUACAAUGGAUUUAUAUGAAUCUAUGAAACAUAAAUUUAUUUCAUUGAAAAAUCAAAAAGAAUCAGAAAUUGCUUAAGUUAAACAAUAAGUUAAUGCAUCUAAAGAUAAAGAAAUUCCAAAAGUCUUUUCAUAAUUAUAGGAAGUGAAAGAGGAACCUCCUAAAAAGAGAAUUGUUAAUGGAGAUAUUGUUAUGCCUAAUAAAAAGAAAAGAAAAGCUAUUGGUGCUCGUUUUGAAUGA